AUGACCCAAUCUAUCAACACCGAGCUCGUCAAAUACGCCUACGAAAACCUCAACAACCUCCCCAAGGGACUCGAGUACGAGAAAAUGAUCCUGUCGGUGCCGUACAACUGCUUUUCGCCCGAAUUGGUACGUGCUCGGACAGUGGCACACGAAGAUGCGUUGGACUACGGAGCCAUCCGUCUCAAGCACUACGAUUACGAUCCUGAAAAAUACGCCAAGGCCAGGCUCGACCACUUGAGAAAGAUCUUUGGCAGUGUGGAAGACGACGUCUUCAUGGAAGCCCCCUUCUACGUGGACUACGGCUGCAAUGUCAAGAUCGGAAAGCACUACUACGGCAACUUCAACAUCACAUUUUUGGACUGCACCUUGAUUACUCUCGGUGACAAUGUGAUGUGUGCCCCCAACGUGACCUUCACCACCGCCACCCACCCCACCGACCCACAGCAGAGAUUGGAUGGCGUGGAAUACGCCAAGCCCAUCACUGUUGGUAACAAUGUGUGGUUUGGUGCUGGUGCCACCAUCUUGCCCGAUGUGACCAUUGGAGAUGGUGUGGUGGUUGGUGCAGGUGCUGUUGUGAACAAAAGCAUUCCUGCCAACGCUGUGGUGGUGGGAUGUCCUGCCAGAGUGAUCAAGAUCAUGCAGCCUUCCGACAACAAGGUGGAGGUGGCUAGGGAGGUGGGCACUGUUGUGUAA